UCUGUUUUGUGCUUCCGGUUUUGGUUCCGCGAGAUUUAGCGAGAAGAAACGUGAAUUGCCCUUUUCCUCGUGUCCACCAUAAUGAAAGCUCGUGGAGAUUUGAAGGAGUACCAAGUGGUCGGGCGGAUGAUGCCCCGUCCCAGGGAUCGCAUGCCUGCGCUGUAUCAGAUGAAGAUUUUUGCCCCGGACCAGUGUACAGCUAAGUCCAGGUUUUGGUACUUCGUGUCACAGCUGAAGAAAAUGAAGAAGACCCAGGGCGAGAUCCUGCAGUGUAGAGAGAUGUACGAGAAGCACCCCCUAGUGAUCAAGAAUAUUGGCAUCUGGUUGAGAUAUGUGUCUCGUAGUGGCAUCCACAACAUGUACCGUGAAUAUCGUGACCUGACUUCUGCCGGCGCUGUCACACAAUGCUACCGUGACAUGGGAGCUCGUCACAGAGCAAGAGCAUCAACGAUUCAGAUCAUCAGAGUCGAAGAAGUGGCAGCCUCUAAGACACGCCGACCAAAUGUGAAGCAGUUCCACAACAGCAAGAUUCGUUUCCCCCUGACACACAGAUUGAACAGGAGACUGCACAAGCCCAGGUUUACAACAUCUCGACCCCACUUAACGUUCUAAAGCCGGGAUGUUAUAGAGACAGUGCUGUACAUGUAAAUAAAAGGGAAAAAAUCCACAAAA